UUAAGUCUGGCAACAUGGCUUCAAACAAGUAGCCUCGUAUUUUAUAGCAUACAGGAUGUAGACACCACCCCCCUCCACACACGCAGUUAACUUAAAUGAGUCAGAGUAUAGUCACUUCUGCUUCUCGUCUCAUUUAAGGGACGGAUGUAUACAAGAGCAGUGUUAAUAGGCAGUUUUCUGCUGGAAUGUUUAACUUUAUCAUUUUUGUUCUCAGGAUGUGAUCUUCAUGGUGAGCUGGUGGGAGAAUUGAGUUGUAAAUCACCCCAAUGGAUGCGGACAGUGAUGUUGCAUUGGACAUUUUAAUCACAAAUGUAGUGUGUGUUUUUAGAACAAGAUGUCAUUUAAACUUGAGGAAGAUUGCAUUAGAGGGAGCAAAUGUGAUAUACAAGCGUGAUGUUGGGAAAGUAUUAAUGAAGCUUAGGAAACCUAGGAUUACGGCCACAAUUUGGUCCUCAGGAAAAGUUAUUUGCACAGGAGCCACAAGUGAAGAAGAAGCUAAAUUUGGUGCCAGACGAUUAGCUCGUAGUCUCCAGAAACUAGGUUUUCAGGUAAUUUUCACAGAUUUUAAAGUUGUGAAUGUUUUAGCAGUGUGCAACAUGCCCUUUGAGAUAAGAUUGCCAGAAUUCACGAAGAAUAACAGACCUCAUGCGAGUUACGAACCAGAACUUCAUCCUGCCGUGUGCUACAGAAUAAAAACUCUCAGAGCUACCUUACAGAUUUUUUCAACAGGCAGUAUCACAGUUACAGGGCCAAACGUAAAGGCUGUUGCCAGUGCUGUGGAGCAGAUUUACCCAUUCGUGUUUGAAAGCAGGAAAUAAAUUUUAUAAUUCACCACUUGAUGGUUAGGCUUCCUAACCAAGCACCUUUAAAGACUGCUGCACAUUGGACUAAAAGCAAAAAGGAAAACUGGACCAACUAUAGCAGAGGAAUACAGACUCUUUUACUUGUUCAUGGCCACAGUAUAAACUCCAGUCCUUUUGGAUUUUACUCUUAACAGUGCUGUAUUGUAAAAACAGAAGUUUACAAGAUAUGAAAUUGCUGCUUUUAAAAAGACAUUCUAUUUAUUUUUGCAGUAAUUUCUGUGUAUUCAUAAGCAAAGCUGUCACGAUGUGCACUACCUUUAAAACAUUUUUUUUUUAGUUUGAGCUUGUGUUUUAUUUGUGAAUAGUCUUUUACAUUUUUGUAUGCUGAAUAUUGGGCACCAAAGAAGCUGUAAAAGUUAUCUUUUUCACCUGAUGAAUGUGCACAAAUAAAAGUUUGGAAAAUAUUUCUCUUCAUACCUGUUCUGUUAUAUUCCUUUCCCUUUUUCUAUUACAUUAAAAUUGUAUAGUUGCAAAUUAAUUUGAAACAAUGUAGGAAUAGUCUUUUGCUGAUUACCUUCUGUUUCUAUUUGUAGUAUGUGUAAAAUUUUGUGCGUGGGUUAGAUUGAAAUCUAUAGUAGUUACGUAUGUUUAUCCGAGGAUGAAAUUUGGUUUGUUACCAGUUCUCUUAACUACGUGCCAGAUUUCAAGUAUUUUCUUGCUGUUUAAAGAAGACAUUUCUAAAUAUAAAGGUCUACAACGACUGUUUUCCUGUAGAUGAUGAGGAAAUCUUACCAACUAAAGAAGCUACUGUAGAAAAAUUAACUGCCUUGUCCACCUGCUGGAUGCAAAAGGAAACAAAUUACUAUGUGAGCUUCGGUAUUCGGGAAAGUGUUGUUAUGCUUCAACUCCGGAAGAUGGUAUGGUCACGCUAAUCCAGUCCCAGCCUAUUGCUGAAUGAUUAACGCAGGCCUUUUCUACACUCUUGUUACUGUAUAAUGUUUUCAUAACAGGAGCUGCCGACAAGCAACGAAGCUUGAUUCUGGCUUGUAUUAUUAUUAUUGGUAUUAAUCUUGGACUUGAAAGCCAGUAGAUGUUUCUCUCAGUAAGUGCACAUUUGAAGCAGAAGAGAGGUGAAUGCUUAAAAGUAACUGCAAAUGCUACUUUUAAAAAGUUACAAUAAAUAUAUGUAUAAAUGUA